UUCAUCGGGCAUCCGGUGUGCUCGGAGGAGGACGGUGGAUGGCGGUUCCGUCCCGAGAAGCACAAGAGCGCGUCGCGCGGUCGUGGGUCGCGCAAAAGUCAUACGCCGUCACCACACACUGAAGAGGGCGGUGUGACGCCGGACACUAGCGCCAAGGACCUUCCUUCGUCCGGGACGUGGCUGCAGACGUUCCACCUGGUGAUGGUGCUAGACUUACCAGAUCCGUCGUCAUCUGCGUCUGGGAACAUUGCGAAGUACGUGGACACGAUCUACGAGCAGAUGAUAUUUGCGACGACGGCGGUGAUGUACCAGGAGCAGGUGGUACACAACUUUGUAGAGAUGGAGUGUGACAAGCUGGGUGCUCUUAAGGACGAUUAUGUGAAGCAAGGCCAGACAAUCUCGACGUAUCUUGACGACGCGCUGAAAGUUUCGUCAAUCGCAUCGGCAACGAAGACACUGUACGACUCGAUCAAAGACGGCACGAUCGCACAACUGACGAUUCAUGAGUUUCAUUUGGAACUGCAGCUUCCGCCACACCUGGACAGGCUGCUGCACAAUGAGGAUGGACUGGAAAAUGACUGCGCUGACCGCGAGGGCGAGGACGAAGACGAGUACGGGGCGGCGGCAUGGGGUCCUGAGAUGAGUUUUGCGUGGCGGCUGCCGACGCUUGCACCGUGGAAAAGUCUUCUUCGGCUGGACGACGAGACUGAGCCCGAGCUAUACAUGAAACUCCGGGGGCCGCAGCUGAGCUAUGAAGACCGCGAAGUCGGCGAGCAGCUUGUCAAGUUCCUGGAUAUGGCAUCGGUGACGCUGACGCUGGCAGACAUGGCGAGUUUGCUUGACUGGGACCUGGAGACCCAGGUGUUCCCCACUGUUCGAUGGCUGGUGCAUCAUCGGAGAGCGAAGAUUGUGGAUGUGGUGCAUGUUGGUCUGAAGACGGUGUUCACACUGCCACAGAAGCUACCGGCACCACUCGCCGAUCUCUCCGCCGAGUUCUCGAGAACAUUCACACACCCGUCGAUCCCACCGCUGCCGAAGCUGCUCUCACAGAUCUCGACGAACAGCAACACACACUUCUACGGGGCCGUCGUAGGCAGCCGGGACCUGGUGGGGUCGUUCCACGAGGUGGUGCUGUGGCUGCUGAAGCGAGACCUGGUGGUGACGCUGCACCUGCGCGUGCGGAUCAUCGCUACAGUUGAGCUGAAGGAGAAGGUCAGGAUUGAAAAGGAGCUGGCGCGUGGGCGGCGGGAGCGCCUGCGACGACAGUCGCUGAGCAUGCACGGGGCGCGGCUUGGGGGAACGGCGGCGACCGACGUGGUGGGGCGCGGCCGGAGUGCGAGCACGAACGAAGGCGAUGGCGGCGCGAAUUCGAGUAUUCCCGAGGCGGACUCGAGCCCGGUCGACUACUGGAUGUCGAUGAGCCCGAAGAGUGCUCGGCGCCAGGCGCGCCAGACGUCGCCGGCGGCGGCCGGCCAGGCUCACCAUCGCCGCGACCGGGGCCUGUCGGCUGAGGAGGAGGCGGUGGUGUUGCUGCUCGACGACGACCUGCUCGAGGUCGGCUCGGUGGAUGCGGACGAGGGUUGGGUGCAGGCGUGGGACGAGGCUCGGCCAUCGAUGAUUGCUGAUCCUGCACGGGCGACGCCGGUCGAGAGGCAAUGGCUGGCGGCGAUGUCGGAGGGGAAGGAUCCGCACAUUGCCAGGCGAUUUGAGCAGAUCAACCAAUACUUUGACGGGAAGUGCAGCGACGAUGAGAUUCUGCAUAAGGCAGACAUAUCUCGGAGGCACCUGCGAGAGGUGUUGCAUCAUUAUGACGAAUACGUG